CCGUAUUGUGCUACUUUCUUUGUGUUCACUGACUACAUGAGAGGAGCCAUGCGAAUUUCAGCCUUGUCUGAAGCUGGAGUUAUUUAUGUUAUGACCCACGAUUCAAUUGGUCUAGGAGAAGAUGGUCCAACCCAUCAACCUAUUGAGCACUUGGCAAGUUUCCGUGCAAUGCCCAACAUUCUGAUGUUCCGUCCAGCAGAUGGGAAUGAGACAGCCGGUGCUUACAAGGUGGCUGUCCUCAGAAGCAAGACACCAUCAAUCCUUGCCCUCUCGACAAAAGUUGCCUCAACUUGCUGGAACUUCUAUUGAAGGAACAGCAAAGGGUGGCUACAUUGUAUCAGACAAUUCUUCAGGCAACAAACCUGAUGUCAUUUUGAUCGGUACUGGCUCAGAGUUAGAAAUUGCUGUCAAGGCUGCCGAUGAACUCAGGAAAGAAGGAAAGGCAGUGAGAGUUGUUUCCUUUGUUUGUUGGGAGCUUUUCAAUGAGCAGCCAGCUGACUACAAGGAAAGUGUCCUUCCAGAAUCUGUUACAGCUAGAGUUAGCAUUGAAGCUGCAUCAACAUUUGGGAGGCAGAAAAUUGUUGGAGAUAAAGGAAAAGCCAUUGGAAUUGAUGGAUUCGGUGCUAGUGCUCCUGCCGGAACGAUAUACAAAGAAUUUGGUAUUAAAGCAGAGGUUGUUGUAGCUGCAGCUAAAGAAGUUUCUUAG